UAGUUCGCCCGAUCCCCUCUGCUCCGACCGAAAUGUCCGACAAGGAUCUGGAAGAGCUGUGCUGCGUGCUGAACUUGAUGUCGCAGACGGCGGUCGCUCGUCUCAACGAAACGGACCUGUGGUGGCUACCGGAUCUGGGAGGCGUCUCGAAGAGACAGGCCAUCAACUCGAUUCGAUACGCGCUGCAGGCCUUCGACUCUCAAGACGCCCGCGUCUUCUGCAUCGCCUGGCUCUACUGCUACCUCUCGCUGCGUCGAGCGUUGCCUUCAAGGGACACUUGGCGUUCCUACAAGGCCGAUGCCACGGGCACCACCUGGACCGGCAGGUUCGUCCUCCACGACCUCCUGGCGAACGCUCUGCGACGUCAGGGAUGCCACGCCGUCAGCGCGAAGAUCGAGAAGCUCGGUAGGACCUUCGCCUGCGUCAUGGCCGCGGAUCCGAAACGCGUGCCCUAUCAGCACGACGUCAUCUUCUUGUGCGUUAUACCGCACCGUCCACAAAUCUUCCUCCGCGUCGAUCGCAACGAGGCGAGCGUCGUUGACGUACUGAGAUCGGUGCUGCGAGGGGGUUACACCCGGAUUCUCGGAGAUCAUGUGGGCCAGCUGCGCUUCGCAUUUGACCAUGAAGUCGACACCCGAACCCGCAGGAAUAGUGCGGUCAGCGUCGAACACGAGUUGCGCCAUAUCUCGAAGUUGCCUUACAGCACAGACGACAGAGUCAAACCUCGCCGAAGUUGCGCGGCGAAGAAGAGCAACGGGAAAGUUCUAGCUACAGUAAAUAUCCCGGUUAUGCCAAAACCUAAAGCCUCCAGCUCCUCUACCCAAGAGCUCACCCUUGUUGUGGCCGUGAACGUUGUCAAGAAAAGCCACAACGAGUCAGGAACACUCAAGGAUGGCAAAAAGUAAAGGACGACGGAUUUAAGAACACCUCAAGUGCAAGGACUGCCACAAGAUCUCCAGCAAGGGUUUAAGCCACAAUAUUAAAUGCGAACUAUGAAGCCAA